AAGGGGUCUGUCAGCAACUCCUCUCAAAUCUGCUGGAAGGUUAAUUCGGUGGCUAUAAUCCCUUACCUUACCUGACGAAGUGGAGAGAGAGAGAGGAUGAGCAGCACUAGCACCAUAGCCUUUCUGUUAGUACCAAGCCCAUACCAACCUUAUAGUGUAUCUCAACGAAGCUACAAUGGCCAAACACUCUCUUUCACCAGAUCUUCACUCAUCAUCAACCACAUCCCUCUCUCUUCUACUUCUUCUUCGUCAAGUUCUGUCGUAGUAGAAGAAGAAGAAGAGAGUCCUUCUCCUUCUCCUGAUGGCCUUGCCACUCAAGACCCCGACAACGCAUUUCCUCCUACCAGCAAGAAGAACACAAGGCCCAAGGAGAUUCAAGAGGUAACUUUUUGUCAAAAGUUAUUGGUUACUUCUAGUUCAAUACAGAUCACACGGAACCAGUUGCUUUCUUGGAAUGUCGAAUAUAUGUUGCAGUUACCUGGCAUUAGAAAAGAAACAUGUUUCCCUUCGGCCUUCCCUCCCAACUUAUCAAGAAAGAUUUGAAGGUGUUCUAGUUGGCCUAUGCUAUAUUUUAUCUUAUGUAAAUGUAACCAAGACCCACAUUUCAUUGUUCUAUCUUUUGCUGUGGGUGCAAAAUGUAAUACGCAGAUAUGCUAUUGUAUGGUGAAGAUAAUUUGGAAGAAUUUGAUUAAAUGAUUACAGGGAAAAUGUUGAACCAGUUUUUCUGUACUUGAUCUGAAAUAGUUGAAACAUGACUGUAUAGACUGGU